CAGAACAGACUGAGAGUAAAGCAGCCUGAAGACAGAAGAAUCAUCAAAGAAAUAGAAGAAUAUCAGAAGACAGUGACUUCUAAUAACAUGAUGCCUGCAACUGAAGGCAUGUCCCAUAUGAUACCCAACCACGUCUUGAGAGUGGGUCAAACUAUCCGCUUGGACCCAGCGCCGGACACAGGAGUCAGUCAGCAUCCCAGCGGUCACCAUGACGACCCUGACCUUGAAAUUUCCCUCGAAAAUCUCAACCAGCUCAUCAUGGAUCUGGAUCCGACAUUUGAACCCAUCCGGGUCAACAAAAGUUCUUCGAGCAUCAGCCGACCUGCAGACACCUUGUCCUCAGAUGAAGACGCCUCCCCCUGUGUGCUGGUUUCUAGAGGAUGUGCUCCCAGUUCCUCACCCACAGUGGUCCCAUCAGUGUCACCCAGUAUACCCAUCCCCUCACACAGCAGUAUCAGCUGCAGCCCCCACGGCUCGCUGGUAUUUUCCAGCUCCCCGACGUCCUCGCUGCCUCCACUGCCGUGUGGAAGCGCCCCCAGAAGACAUCCAUCUACGAAGCAGGACUGUUCCCCGGGAUCCCUGCGCUUGUCAACCUCCAACAGAAACAGCGUCAUCUCGCUGCUGUCCACGUCUACGUGCUCAGACACCAGCUACAUCCUUGGCAGCAACUUGUCCUUGGCCGGUGAAGACGCCGACUCUCCAGAGUCCAUCCUUUCUUACACUCCAGGUUCCUUCAGCGACGGGUCAAGGUCGAGGCCGUUUGAUAUCUGCACCAGCCCAGAAAAACCUCCACUGACGAAGCGAGGGCAUCUACAGGAGCUCCACAGUAAAGGAGUCCACAGCAGCCCGGCUUCACUCUCUGGGUCACUGACUGAUAUCCCUGUCCUGCUGGUCAACGGAGCACCACAACCGGAUCAUCUUCCACAAAUCGACCUGAUACCCACUGUCCCAGCUGCCAAACCUAGGACGAGCAGCUCAGGUUUCCAAGCUUGUUUUAAAGGCAGCCAACCAUCGAUGAAGUUUGUCAUGGACACUUCAAAGUUUUGGUUCCGCCCACAUUUGAGCAGAGCAGAAGCUGAAGCCCUGAUAAAAGAUAAAGAAGCAGGAACGUUUGUGGUGAGAGACAGCACCUCCUACAGAGGCAGCUUUGGUUUGGCCAUGAAGGUGGACCAGUCACCCACCAGUUCCACUCCUGAUGCCUACCCAGGAGAGAGCAGUUCAGACCUUAUCAGACACUUCCUUAUUGAAUCAUCAGCAAAGGGCGUCCGCCUCAAGGGCUCUUCUCAGGAACCGUACUUUGGUAGUCUCUCUGCCCUGGUCUACCAACACACUAUUUCUGCUUAUGCUUUGCCGUGCAGAUUACUGCUCCACUCCCAAGAUCUGGAAACAACAGAGGAGAAGACAAAUGAAAAGGCAGCAUCUGAGGACAACAAAAAAAUAGCCUGUAACUUUGUGUACUUGAACGCCGUCCCCACUGAGAUGCUGACGGGACCGUGUGCAGUUCAGAGAGCCGUGACCUCCACGCUCCAACAGUCCUCCAUGUCACCCACCAUCGUCAACAUGAAGGUGUCUCUGAAGGGCGUCACACUUACAGACAUCAAGAGAAAGCUCUUUUUCAGACGCCAUUAUCCUGCUCACCUGCUCAGCUACGGCGGCGAGGACCCAGACAAGAGGCUGUGGAUGAAAGGUUCAAGUUUUGCUCCAAGGAUGUUUGGCUUUGUGGCGAAAGGCAUCGAGGCCGGCACGGAGAACGUUUGCCACGUCUUUGCAGAAUAUGACCCUCUGCAGCCCUGCAACAAAGUCUGCGACGUUAUUCAAGCUGCCAUCACCAAACCAUAGACCCAUAAGGACUUCACAUACUCGAGUUCUCACGUAAACUGACCCACAUGGAGGUUAUUGCGAGCGAGUUGCUGUGUCUGCAGGAUACAACAAAACCCUGAUGCAGACCUCAGUGUGCAGCUGCCAGACCUGCUCUGUGUUCAGUUCAUAUUCAACAUGUGAAGAUACACAGAACUGAGCAGCUAUCAAACGAGAGCAAAACACAAAACAUCUGCUGCAACCCCGCUACAUCUGAGAGGGAAAUCUUUUCAUUUCGCUACAUUUAUCUGACAAAUUAAGACUUUUGCACACAAGGCAUAUGAAGAACUUAGAAAACAUAAAGAACGACCCAACAAGUGCAGCUCAAACACCGGAAUUGGCACAAAACGGAUAUCGAUCAUUUGGAGCACUGUUUUCUUUUUUCAGCCGCAUUUAAUAAAGGGAGCAGUUGAAUUCAUGAUGAAAAUAAGCAUUAAAUAGUUCAAAAUGAGCUCCAUUUCAAACACAUUGAUGCAUUGACUGCUUUUAGUGUUGUAUUCGUACUUUCACCUCAGAAAUAGAUGCAAAUACUUCAUCUACCACUAAUAAAUAACAUGUAACCAGCUUGUAAAUAUGCUAGAACCAUCAUGCUAUAUAUAUAUA